GAUUGGUAAAUUUUUCCACAAAUAUACAUACAUAUAUUGUAAUUCAAGAAAAACCAAAAUACACCUUAACCAAAACAAUAUAUUUAAAUAAAAUGCUUACAAAAACCCAACAUGUAAAAUUAUUUAAACAAUGUUGAUAGAAUUGUUGAACAGUUGAAAAUAAUCUAUUGCGAUAUAUACAAGUGAAUUUCGAAUACCAACAUAGACGGAAAAAUGUUUGUUACGUCUGAUUCGGAAAAAAAGUGUUUUUUGGAGCAUACCAAAGCUGCUAGAGAGGAGCGUGCAUACGAAAAACGUCGGGAAGAAGCAGCUGUGAAAAUACAAGCACACUGGAAAGGAUAUACAACUCGUAAACAGUAUUACAAUAAGAUAAUCUCCGACUUUGAUGUUAUAUUCAUAAAGGAAAAUAAUGAUUUAGACGUGGAUCUUUUACCAUCAAAUACCGUGUAUCCGGUUAUUCGUCGCUUUCUCACAUAUUUUGAAUAUAAAAAUGGAUCGCCAACCGUAGUGAAACCGUCACGUGAAAAGUUUGAAUGUUUAUGUCGUUAUUUGAACAAAUCUAUGGAAUCGGAAUCACCAAAAUUGUCAUACGCAGCUCUUUGUCUGCACAAAGAUAAGAGCUUGCCUUGGUUGGCACAUAUCAAAUCAUUAUUGAGUUUAUGCUGUUUAAUGCUGGACGAUAUUAAGCCAGAAAAUCAUACGGACAGCAUUUCUCUGGCUCUGUAUCUACAUACUUUGAUUGUUUUCACUUCACCGAAGUCAUGGGGUAUUCUACGAAAUAAACAAUUCGAAAAAAUGCAACCAGUAUUUCAGAAAAUAUGCUGCAAUAUUCAAGGGAAAUUAGUACAAAAUAAUUUUUUCAAAACUAUGCGCUCAAUCCUAUUGAAGGGUACAGCACGGGAGGAUCUUUCCAUAAAACCAGUUUCCCUUAAAGCUAUAAUGACGCUUUCUACCCGACCGCUUAUCGAUGGGGGCUAUAGUCGUAAUUUACUCACAUAUUUUUUCGCCGAAAUUUUAUCCGUUCCAGCAUUGGUAUUCCAUUUGAAUAUUGUUACCUCACAGUGCUUGGAAAAUCUCAUUACCAUGCAUAUCCUCCAAAGAUUUGUUCAAUCAGCAGAUGAUUCUAAUUGGUUUUCAGAAUUUACAAACAGUAUGCCCGGGACGAAAUUACUUGCAUUUUUGGGGAAUAUUGUGAAUCUUUUUACACUCGAAAGCUCCGUGGAAGCAAAAGAGCUUGCAUAUCCUCUUUUCACGAGUGCAACCACUAUACUUCUCGAAAAUAUUCCUAACACGGUAUCAAGUCGAGGAGUAUUCACGCAAUGGCAUGAACUUCUUGGAUGGCAUACUCCUUCGUUGGAUUCGGCACAAAAUCAAAAUGUAGCUCUAAUUAAAAAGCAAUUUCAUUUGUUAUGGGGUCAUCGGUGUAUCAAAGUUUUAUUGGCUGAUUUUCUGAGGGAUAUUAAUGCUACUUAUGAGCGAAUAGAAUUCCAGCCCCCAGUACAAGCAUCCACAAGCAACAUACUUCGUCGCGCGUUGGACCGCGGUUCAGCUCGCGGUACUUUUAUCAGAGGCAAUAGAACAUGGCGUCGAUUAGAUUGUAUCGAGGUAGAGCAGGUGUCACGGGUAUGCGCAAUGUUUUAUGCGGCACUAAAUACGCUUUCACAACUUCGACUUGAUAUUUUAACAGGUAUUUGUUACAAUGAUAAUGUUUUGUACGAUCUUUGGCUACUUCUCACUUCGCUGGGGCCGAAUUGUGGCAUGAAGGAGUUUAUGGAGUUAUUAAAGCAAGACAACGUUUUACAAAAAUCCCAGGUCACUAUGCUCAUGCUCUUUUGUGACAGUAUGACCCAUUAUGUAACUAUUUUGGAUGAGUAUGAAAUGUACACAGAACAAAAACCAUUUCUCCUCAAUGAUUUUAUAAUGCUUACUUAUUUUCUCAAUAAUAUACUGUACAAACUAAUUAACGAGAAUUUACUCGGUACGAAAAAUGUCACCCAAUGUCCGGUAUUUGUAUCACUGCAUACGUUACUGUUAUGUCUAUACCGUCGUGAUUGUCGUCGAUCAUUUGCGCCAACUAACCACUGGCUGAUUCCCGAAGUAAAGCCCUCUGCAUUUAUCAGUGAUUUGGAGAAAAACAAGAAACACGCAGUGAUUUUAUUGCAGAAAAUGCCACAUAUAAUACCACAUGAAGAUCGCGUCAAAUUGUUUCGUAAAUUUGUACAAAAUGAAAAGGCAGUGAUGGGUUUGACGGAGAGUGCGUGUGCAUCACCACGAUCUGCUUUAAUCGUCGUACAUCGUGAUCGCAUUGUGGAGGAUGGCUAUAGACAGUUGGCAGCACUUAGGCCACAUGCUCUGAAAGGCGUGAUUCGUGUACGUUUUAUUAAUCAACAAGGUUUGCACGAGGCCGGUAUUGAUCAAGAUGGCGUUUUCAAGGAAUUCUUAGAAGAAACAAUUAAGAGAGUAUUUGAUCCAUCACUGAAUUUAUUUAAAACCACAACGGAUCAGCGUUUAUAUCCUUCGCCUAUAUCAUAUGUACAGGACAAUCAUUUGCAAUUGUUCGAGUUUGUAGGACGAAUGUUGGGAAAAGCAGUAUAUGAAGGUAUAGUUGUGGAUGUUCCAUUCGCUUCCUUCUUUCUCUCCCAGCUCUUAGGCCAAACACAUCAGGCACUGUACUCUUGUAUGGAUGAGCUUCCCUCAUUGGACAACGAGCUCUAUCGCAGCCUUACUUUCAUUAAGCACUAUAAACAAGACGUUGCUGACUUGAAUUUAACAUUUUCGGUAGACCAAGAUGUAAUGGGAAAGAUUGUUACACAUGAAUUGCAUCCAGGUGGAAAAGCUCGUGCUGUUACUGACAGCAACAAACUAGUAUACAUACAUUAUAUGGCCUAUUUUCAUAUGAACACGCAAAUACGAGAACAAACACAGGCUUUCAAUCGUGGAUUUCGUAGUAUCGUCAACCCUGAAUGGUUAUCCUUAUUUUCACCACCGGAAUUACAGCGCUUAAUAUCUGGUGAUACUGUACCGCUGGAUUUGCGAGAUCUACGAAAACAUACGCAGUACUAUGGAGGAUUUCAUGAUUCCCACCGUGUCGUUGGUUGGUUAUGGGAUAUUUUGGCCAAAGAUUUUACGGAAGAAGAGCGGAAAUUAUUUCUUAAGUUUGUUACUAGUUGUUCCAAGCCACCUUUACUUGGAUUUGCCAAUCUCGAGCCACCGUUUUCCAUUCGUUGUGUUGAAGUUAGUGAUGACGAAGAUACUGGUGACACUAUUGGUAGUGUCAUACGUGGUUUUUUUACAAUACGCAAGAAAGACCCCCUCAAUCGGUUGCCGACAUCAUCAACUUGCUUUAAUUUAUUGAAGUUGCCAAACUACCAAAAGAAGUCCACGUUGCGCGACAAAUUACGUUACGCUGUGAGCAGCAAUACCGGAUUUGAAUUGUCCUAAAUUUCUUAACUGAACUUACCUUCUAAAUGAAAUGUGCAACUUAACGACAUUCUCAUAAAUAUUUUUAUCAAACUAAAUUGCAUAAGUACGCAAUAAUUUCGAAAGUAUUCCUUUGGGACCAAUAUUACUUUCUAUUACAUUUUCUAUUAUAAAUAUUUUAUAUACAGUA